AUGGAACUCUUGGACCCGUCGUCAACUUCAUGUAGUAUUCGUGUAAUUGAUCUUGAUGAUGGCUCUGUACGUUCUAUCUCAUGGGAUCCAAAUGUACCGGAUCAAGUGUUUGAAAGUCUUGUGGAAUCGCAACUUCGUGCUCAAUUUGGUGUCUCGGAUGAAGCGUGGGUGGAUCUGAUUGAUACCGCGAAUUCCAGUCUUGUACACAUUACAAAAGAUGUUUUAUCAAACAUGAAAGACCCGUUAUGUCUCUGUCUUUCUCCUAAGACGGAAGCAUUGGCCCCAAUGAAAACGACAGAAGUAUUUGAAGUGGUGUUUCAAGACCGGUCUCUUGGAAUGACUAUCCGAGAACACAAUGAAAGUGUCACGGUUAAUCAUUUUAAGCGAAAACCUGAUGGAUCGUUAAGUGAAGCAGAGGCCUCAAACCUCAUUCAGCCGAACGAUGUCAUUUACAAGGUCAAUGGUGCUAGAACCGUCGGUCGUAGCUACGAUAAUGUCGUGCAGAUGCUUCAGACGCAAACACGGCCUUUGAGCAUUCAAUUUUUUCGUCCAUUUCGACGGGAAGGACUCUUUGCUGUGGAGUUUCGAGGUCCUAGUCUUAAUAUGACGAUAACUACAGAUGAUGUGAAUGUUAUUGUGAAAGACUUGCCUAUGGCUCAUCCAAAUAUUGUAGGCUAUGCAGAAGCUCAUGGAGUGCGUAUCUUUGAUAUUAUCCAUGCUGUGGAUGGAGAGAUCAUUAAUGGACUUGAAUACAAUCGCGCCAUCAGUUUGCUCAGUCGUGGUACACGUCCGAUGGUAGUGGUUUUUGCACGCUCCAAGGUGAUGCCUCCGACACCUGGCAGAUCAACUGGUGUCAUGAGCAGCCGUUUUUCGUUUGCGUCAACGGUGGCGCCGUCACCGCGCCCGAGUAACAUGGACGGUUUCGGAUUACGUCGGGGUUCGGGAUGCUCUGCGUUGAGUGGAAUGGAAGGCGAGAAUAUGUUGGUGGAAGAAAUGCUCGAAUUUUGUGAAGGUUUGGGCAACGAUAGCGUGUUGAACCAGAAGGAAGUGGAUAUGCUCAAGGAUAUGGUGCUCGCCAUGCGACCAGACGUAUGCAGUGCAGUGAAGCGAAAGAACAGCAACGCGAUUGUGGCGAUUGUGCGGUCGCCGUUCAUGCGGCUUUGGGAUAGUCUAUUGAAGACACGAGAGAGUAUUUUGCUGGCGGGACCCGUAUCGCUUAAGCGCAAGAAGCGCUUUCAUUUGCUACUCACAGACCACGAACGUCUUCUCUUUGUCAAUAAGGAUACUAACUUAUUAGAGGAUGAGAUCAUGUGCUCCCAGAUCGUGACCGUGAGUUCGCGCUCCAAGUACCAAGAGCUCACAGUCUCUACGAGCAAGAUGGACUACGUGCUGAUUGAUAACUUCAUUGGGCCUGUCAUUUGGGUGCGCGCUAUUCUGCCGUUCACGUGCACGCAAGGCAUCCUCAAAGUGGCUAGCAGUAGGCGUUUCCUUGGCUCUAAGAAGCGGUAUUUUGUGCUGCGUGGCAAUCAUCUCACGGGCUACAAGAAAGAGAGCAUGAUCCAUCAGGUGGGUGCCAAGAGCAGCACAAUUUCGCUUGCCGAUGCUAAAAUUGAUAUGACGGACCCACGCAGUCUGACCUUCAUCAUCACUACACCUGAGUUUAGCCAAGCUGGCAAAAAGCUUAUCCUCACGGCGACGUCGACACGAGAAUUUAACAAGUGGGCUACGGCAUUUAAAGAACUGCAAACAAUGUCUUCUUCUACCGCCGUCUCAGCCUAA